CUCUGCCGCUGCCCUGUUCGUCCUUCUCUCCGUCUCCAUCUCUGUUCUGUUACAACAGCAGCUUCCUGCAUCUGUGUGCUUUCUUCUGUGACUGCGGAGCAACAUCCUGUCAAUAUGACUCAUGCGUAUCCCUUCCUGAGUGCUGAGCAGAAGAAGGAGCUCAGUGACAUCGCUCAGAGGAUCGUGGCGCCUGGGAAAGGCAUCCUGGCAGCUGAUGAAUCCACAGGCAGCAUGGCCAAGCGCUUCCAGAGCAUCAACGCAGAGAACACGGAGGAGAACAGGCGCCUUUACCGCCAGCUCCUCUUCACCGCCGACGAGCGGGUCAACCCCUGCAUCGGCGGCGUCAUCUUCUUCCACGAGACGCUCUACCAGAAGACGGACAACGGCAAGCUCUUCCCCCAGCUGGUCAAAGAGAAGGGCAUGGUGGUGGGCAUCAAGGUGGACAAGGGCGUGGUUCCCCUCGCUGGCACCAACGGAGAGACGACCACUCAAGGUCUGGACGGGCUCUAUGAGCGCUGUGCUCAGUACAAGAAGGAUGGUGCUGAUUUUGCCAAGUGGCGCUGCGUGUUGAAGAUCACCCCCACCACUCCCUCCCAGCUGGCCAUCAUUGAGAACGCCAACGUGCUGGCCCGCUACGCCAGCAUCUGCCAGAUGCACGGCAUCGUGCCUAUUGUGGAGCCUGAGAUUCUCCCAGACGGUGACCAUGACCUGCAGCGCUGCCAGUAUGUGACUGAGAAGGUGCUGGCCGCUGUCUACAAGGCUCUGUCUGACCACCAUGUCUAUCUGGAGGGCACGCUGCUCAAACCCAACAUGGUGACCGCUGGACACUCCUGCCCCAAAAAGUACAAGCCUCAAGAGAUUGCCAUGGCAACUGUCACUGCCCUGCGGCGCACCGUACCCCCGGCUGUGCCAGGUGUGACCUUUCUGUCCGGUGGUCAGAGUGAAGAGGAGGCCACCCUCAACCUGAACGCAAUCAACCAGUGUCCCCUGCACCGGCCCUGGGCCCUCACCUUCUCCUACGGCCGGGCCCUGCAGGCCUCAGCACUGAAAGCCUGGGGGGGCAAGAAGGAGAAUGGCAAGGCCUGUCAGGAGGAGUACAUCAAGAGAGCCCUGAACAACAGCCAGGCAGCUGUGGGGAAGUACGUGUCCUCUGGAGACAAGGGAGCGGCAGCUCAGGAGUCUCUGUUUGUGGCAGACCACGCCUACUGAGGUCAGCACAGCGGCCCGACCUCAGCGCCCAGCUGCAACCACCCCCACCCCGAUCCCCACCCCUCAGCGCACUUCAUCCGCAUUCCACUGUCACUCCACUGCUUCCUGUCACAGCAACAGGCAGCAGUCUCCUGAGUCACAUAUGUUAAUCAACAUGAUUCCUAACGAGUUCCUGAUAAAGAAACAUUAUGAUUUGAAAAAGAUCCAAGUAUAAUAAAUGCUCCACGUGUGUCCUACCUUUGAGUUUGACUUGUAAAGUCAGUGUUACUGUACUGAACCAGUGUGUUGUCACUUUAUUUCGUGUUUGUGCACUUAAACCCCAGAGAAAGAGAGGGUUCCUCUACAGCGUCGUCCUCCUGUAGUUUGAUGUCACAUCGACACGUCUCUGACAUUGUCGUAAUACUUCAUGUGCCUUCAUCUGUCACCUGAACCAGCCGCUGGAGAGAGACUUUGUAGAGCAUGUUAUGAUGCAUGGACAGUAUUCACUCAACCUUUAUUUAAACCUUGAAUCUCUUAAAAUAGAAUAAUUCAAACAGCAGAACAGUUAAAAACUAGUGUGCUUUUCCAAAAUUCACUGUUUCUGUACAAAUGUCCAGUUUCUUGUCAUAGCUGACACGUGUGCUAAUGUGAAAGUUAUUGAUCCAAGCUGCCCUCUCAAUACUGUGUCUGUUCAGAGUGGUACUUUACAUCAUUUCCUCAAUCUCUCUGGCUCAAUAUUUACUCUUGUUUAUAUUUAGUCUUGUUUGAAUUCAGGACUGAUUUCAAAUCAAAAAAGUAUUAGAGUGUAAACACUGGAAAGAAUUUCAAAUUAAAAGAUUCCACUUAUAA